AUGGGUGAUAAGGGUGAUCGUACUCUGACACUCUUGCACUUGCGGAAAACGUUCAGUGAAUAUAUGCGAAUACCUCUCUCAGGAUCUCGAGAUGUUGACCCAAACCGUUUAUUGCCAUUAUUUACAAAGGUCAUGGCCAUGUUCACGCCAGCCGAGUUGAAAGCGGAGUUUAAAGAAAUUCUGAACUUCACUACGUUUCUCUGCAGUGUUUUAGUGAGAGAAGUUAGACAGAGGGCGGCCAGUCAUGGUACUGUCGAAGCGGCAUCUAGCAUUGUUGAUUAUCUACAGCCGUCUUCUUCCCAAAGAGGAUGGCUUCUUUUGAACUCUAUAUAUUUCUUGAUUUCUACUGAGGACGAGGCUAUAAUAAACGCCGUAUGCAAGGUGUCGCUUCCCAGUACCCUGGUGAAAACUAUCUAUUUAUUCUAUGAUCUUCCUGAUGAUGAUGAACAUAUGGAACCAAGGCUCAAACUCAAUGAACUACUAUCAUGCAUGUUGGAUAGGUUGUGCUCUUACAAACAUGUCAGUGAAGAACUUGCCAGGAAAGAUGAUCUUUUGCUGCUUUUUGUUGGCUCAUCAUCGUCCUUGCCUUCUCACAAUGUCCAGUGGCGGAAGACUACAUCUCGGGCGCUGGAAGCUUUGUCUGUCAAAAGUCUCACUCCGGCUGUGAUCAAGUACAUACAUACCAAGGAAUGCAUCAAAACGUUUUUGUCGAAUCUGAAGUCACCGAAACUUCAACCGCAGGAAGCGGCGGAAAUGAUUAUAUCUUUGUUAUGCGUACUGAAGGAUUCAUCGAGGCAAACAAGUCAGCUAAUAGAUGACUUCAGUCAGUCGAAUGGUUAUCUGGCUAUUAAGGAUUUUGUGCUGAAGAAUGAAAACAGCGAAGAAAUUGUCCGCAACAUACUUCUGAUGCUGAUUACCGUGAUGACUAAUGGGCCGUUGGAGAUCAAACCACAGCACUCCUCCGGUCUUGUACAACUUCCAACAUUUCAUCUGCCAAUUCCCACUGGUAAUGGAUUAUCCGUUCGGAAUACUCAAGCCUUCGGACUCGUUUAUAAAAUCUUUCUGGAGAGCCAUAACCCCAAUGUAUGUGCUACAGCCGUAGAUAUCGUCCACUCAGUCUAUACCUGUGAUCCGGCCAAUUACUUCAUUCUGGACAGGGAGUAUCCGUUGGCAUUAUUUAUUGAACAACUAGACAGGAAAGAUGAAGUUGCGAGGGCAAAAAUCAUCGAACUUGUGGAACAUUGCGUAUUUCAUUUGAACUACAUACCAUGCAAAGAACUAAUUGGUAUAUGUGUGCAAAUGAAAACUGAGCUGGCCUCUGGUCAUGAAGAUAUCUGCAUAGCUGCUGUGCAGGCAGCGUUUCGGCUGCUUACGGUGGAUUCGGUAAUGAAGGAUGCCUUUCGUGAAGUUGGUCUACUAGACACGUUAUGCUAUAUUAUCAACAAUCUGUUCGCGCAGUAUAAACAGCGAAAUUUGACUGAAAACGAGAAGAAAUUAGCUUUACUGGCCACGGAUUUACUGACUGUCAUAAUCAAAGGAAAUUUGGAGAACGCUCGAAUGUUCUCGGAUUGCUUUGGUGCUCGAACCUUGCUAAGCGUGCUGACUGUUGUAACAGGAGAAUGGCGAAGCAGCAGUUUGCAGUUGCUGAAGCAGCUUCUUUUGCUGGCGUCCACCGAUCAGUACAUAGCUGGUGUCAUCCAGGUCAUCAGUCAAGUACCUCCACAGCAACAGCUGGAGUUCAAUGUUGAUCUUUUAAAGACGGUGCUUGGUGUAUUACGAGAAAGUCAUAAAGUUCGAGUGCAGUUUCGCAAGACGGGUGGAUAUUUAGGCCUUAUAACAAUGUUACUUGGGCUAGAAGGUGCUUUCUCACGAAUCGAAGGUGAUGGAGGGUCAGUUCCGGCUGAAGCAGCUGAGCUGCUCGACUUCAUCCACCUCAUUUUCAAAGUAUUGACGAUUAGCAUGCGGUUUGAGCCAUCCAAUGCCAAGUACUUUUCUGUAGAGGUGAGCUGGGACAGUAUCACGACCGUACUCCGUCUGACGGGGGCAUUUGGCGAAAGUACUGUAGUGGAUGUCUCUCAACCAGAAUGGAAGUUACAGGGGUCUGAUCUAAAAAAUGAGCUUGCUGCUUGCCAUUCUGUGUUCAAAAUGGACGAAGACAUCCAAGCUGGAUCGCUCCCACCUGGUAUGCCUCCGUCUAUCUUCUUUGCAAGCUAUAUCAUUCGGCUGCUCUUCAACAUGGCUUUGGAUAACUAUGAGAAAAUGUCUUCGGAUGUGACAUGGUCGUCAUCGGAAGGAUCAUUGGAGGAGUGCAUCGUCUCGUGGACAUCGUCAGUACUGGUUCACCCUGGUGCAGUGCAGUCGAUCCUUUCUCUGUUACCGUCCAUCUAUUCGGAAAAUGUCAAAUGGUUGGUUAGUGCGCAGUAUUAUUGCGGGCUACUCCUCAAAGCUCUCCUCAAACCUGAACGAAAUCAGCAGCUUAUGUGUCAGGUGGAUAUGCCGAAGCACUUGCUACAAAUUGCAUCAAAACUAUUUCUGUGCGAGAACCAUAUCCUACUGCAUCCUUUUUACUAUGUGUUAGAAAGGUUGUCGUACCAGUCGAUGCAGCCAUGUCAGCUUAGGCAUUUCUUGCGUCUUGACCUACCGUUAUGCUGUCGUAACCUUGACGAGACAGAAAAUGAAGAACCGAUAAGAGCAAAUGAAGGUGGUCCUGUACCAUUACAAAGGGUGAAGGCAUUGGUAUCAAUGAUGACUCCGCGAGAUCAGCGUCUCUCACAUGCCCCAUCAUUCGUUGAAACUGACUUGGCUAUGGAAGGAUUUGGAUGCAUGUUUAUCCCAUCUCUGGCACCGCUCUUCUCUGCAACUAGAAGUGAGAGAGUGUUUCCGCCGCUCAAUGGGAUAACAUUGUCUACGUGGCUGUAUAUUGACACAUUCUCGGACAAGAAACUUGAUGCCCAUCCGCUGAGACUACUGACCAUAACAAGAACAGUGACAUGGCAAGAUGAGCGGCGAAAGCAGGGGCCAUGCCAUCUGGCCUGCUUGACUAUUCAAGUAAGCCCCAUCGAUAGAAGUUUGCUGAUAUCUACAGAUGAGCAUGAAAAUCCUGGAGGUGAUUUGGAAAAAGAGGCGAAAAUACCUUCUGAAAAGUCUAUCCGAGUAGCCAUGGCUGACAUACUUCGACCCAUGGAAUGGGUUCAUCUUUGCGUGAUCUUGUCGCGAUCUGUGUUGAAACCUAGUCAGGCUAGUGUAUACUUAAAUGGUCGACUGGUAACCACACAGAAGCUGCAAUACAUUGUGCAAACCGCCGGUGGCGCAGCAACCCAGUUGGCCCAGACUCACGUUGUGAACGCUAUGAUAGGGACUUUACCGAUCAUGAGAAGACCUAGUCGAUUGAGGUAUCGCCUUGCAUCCACUUUCCUUAUAGAGGAACCAUUGACACCAGAAGCAGUGCGUGCUAUUUACGAUCUACAGCCGCAUUAUGUCGGGAGCCUGCAAGCGCUCGGACCUGAAAGGACAUCUUUAGUGCAGGAGGAGAAGAUUGUUUUUGCCCUAAAUGGAAUGGCUACCAGCGAAAUGACGCUAGCUAAGAUACGCACUGUUUACAACAAACUGGAUGCGGAGAUAUUGGCACCUCACUUGGGUAUCUCAUCGAGUGACAACAGCACGCCACUUAGGAUAAUGCUGAAUACGGUCGCACAUGCUCCCGGUGCUGGAAGAUCUUUCGGUGCUGUUAUUAUAGGAUAUCUGGGCAUGCGCACAUUUAUCCCUAGACCGGUGCCUCGGCUUCUCGAUUCUAUGGGUGGUUUUGCUUGUCUUUAUGGCUUAGUGGCCAUGGCCACAGACUCAGAAGGAUUGUAUGCAAGUUUGAAGGCGGUAGUAUCAGCAGUGAGGUCAAACAGCAACCUGCAGGCUACUCUUCAUGCUAAUAGAGCUUAUCAGACCCUGGCUGUGCUGCUGGAAGACAAAGCGAACCUGCUGAAUUCUCAUAUCAUGCAUAUGAUCUUCAGUAUGGCUGGAACGUUGGACACGGCCAGGGAAGUGGCCUUAAUUCCCAAUGCACAGGCAUUUGAAGAUCUUUUAUGUGAUUUGGACGUGUGGGCAAGCGCUCCCGACGAGCAGCACAGAAUGCUUUACGAACAUUUCUAUGAGCUUAUCACAGAUCAUCAACGUGAAAAUUUGGUCAUUGUACGCCGGUCACCGCUGUUGUCUAGAGUGCUGUUCGUUCUUUUUGAUCGGCCGCACUUAUUGUGGGCCACGAACGAAAUUGUCUUCAACCUGCUUUCGGCGAUUGUUCAGCCUCAGUCCGAUAAUCGAAGCAUGCUGAAAUUGGGACAAGCUAUAGCCGCUACUUUACCUACCACAGCGGAGGAUCUUGCAGUGGAGUCGAAGCUGCCGUUCCAUAUCUCAGAGUUGCAAAUCCAGCUGAUUGCAAAUCAAAAACCACAUGAAGGCAAACCUAGUGUUUUGUACAAUGUCUAUGUAAGAAACCGUCUGCUGAACAUGGUUGCAAAUUUCCUAUCUCAUUCUAGUCCACAACUGAAUCAACACAUGGCAGAUCAGAUAGUGCGGGUUCUGGGCUUUGAUUGGAUUUAUUGUCUUCUGUCCCCUGAAAUCCAUUCGGGGACAGUAUUCUUGGCUCUGCGGAUCCUUCUUGCAUUGUUGGCACAUCCUCAAUUACUCGUAAAGUUCCGUGAAGGAACUGCGAAUGGUGGCUGGCUCACAGAUGCAGAUUCUGUAGUGAGGAACAGGGCGGCCGUUGUGCUUGGCUUUUCUGUUUCUGCCCAUGGCGGUUCGGUAGGCAGUAAAAUUGAUAUUAAUCCGGAGCUGCAAAACUGCGCAGGUUUCGCUGCUCUGGAACAUCUCAUGGCUGCUCACGCCGAUAAGCCUCACGCUUAUCUAGCCAUGCUUGCUUUGUUAGUUGGACAGCCCGUAAAAGAUCUUCGAUUUUGUGAAAGUUUCAACGUGGAUCAGAUCUGGACACAUGUUUUUGGCUUGUCUCUGAACAGCUCUGUCUAUGAGGCCAUAAGAUCAUCUGAAUUCUGCUACGAUGCACUAAUUCCUCUCUUGGCCAUGGUUAGGGCAUGCAUUUUCUCUGGAAGCGAUGCCCUUCAAGGAUGGCACGUUGAUUAUCCAUCUGCAGUAAUACAAAUGAUCACAUUUUUGUACCAGAAUUCUCCAAAUUUCUUCUCUGUAGCCCACUCAGAGGAAUUUGUGCUUGCAAUGUUUUCAUCUCUCAUUCAGGACACUAAUGCGAUGGGAGUGCGAUCUGAGGCAGCUGAUAGAAAUUUAGUUGGCACCCCAGAUCCAGAAAAAGUACAAGCAGUGCUUUCACUUCCAAGUGUGAAAGCCGUACUGGACUUUUUGAAGAAACUUUUCUGUGAUGACUUCCAAGUGGCAGCUGGUGGACAUGCUGACAGUUUGAUAGAUGUAAUCACAGAGAGUAUCGCAGAGAAUGGCUACACGAGAAAGUUUCAAGUCCACGUGCUCACAGCUCUUGUCCAUGGCGUCUUUGACCAUUUGAUAAGUACAGAUUUGCUAGUUUCGUCAUCCUUACCACCAAAUGCUCCACCGCAGUCAUUAUCUCAAGUUGGUGUCAACAUCUCUUACAUGGCUAUGCGAGCAGUGGACUGUCUUUGGAAUGGGCUGCUGGUUGGAGAGUCUCUGCGGUUACUCAAACUGCUUUACAGCGUUUACGGCAUUGCCAGUAGGAAGGAGAAUAAGGAGAUCAAUCUGGACAGCUUGACGUCAUCAAUCAUGCGAUGUGUGCUUUACAUCUUGAGCAGACCGAUUGAAAAUGUACAGAUUCAAAUGUCUGUUUUGGACACGCUGUCCUCGGUGGUGACGAAGCGAUAUAUCUUCCUUUCAUCUAAUGAAAGCUGGUUCUUCACUUCACUCACACAUCUGAUUUUCAUGCUUAGCGUCACGCCAGAUAUAAUGCAGCAAGAGGGAGCACCACUGGAGAAAGCAAGCGCACAAGUUGCUGUAUGUGCAUCAAGAGUCUGGACCGAUGUGAUCUCUUCCAAAAAAGCGCUGCUUGAGGAAUCCUUCCGAAAGCCAACAGUCUGUGAGCUUAACGCUGCAAGAGCUUUACUGGCGAAUGUAGCUGGGCAACAUUGGCAUUUGUUUGUUGACAGUCAGCUAUCUGGACAUUGUCAAAACCACACGAUUUCAAGAGACAUACAAACUCAGAUAAGCUCGAAAAUUACACGAGUUGCAUCAGGUUUGAGUAAACUGGCAAGUAAGAAAUCACUGACUUCGCAUGGAAGCAUCAGUACAGUCUUACCAUGGAAGAAUGUCAGCGUAGACAAGGAGGUUAUUCAUAUGUGGCUUCGAGUGCACGUAAGUCUUGUCAAGGAGUUGGUCACAGCACAAGCGACACGAUAUCAUGAAUGGCAUGCUCAUGCUAAGAAAUGGUCGUUACAUGAAUGGCAUCAGUUGGAAGCAGAGCUUACCCGAGAAAGGGGAAUAUGGGGCCCAGAAAAAGCAUCAUGCCUUGACAAAUACAAACUGGAUACCACAGAAGGACCAUCUCGUACCCGUCGAAAAAUGAUUCCCAAUCGAUUUUUCUACCACACAUUCCCGUAUAGGCCUCAUCUGGAUGAACCUGGAGCUAAGUCUAUGAGAGCCAAGGUUGCCAUAUCCCGUGAUAGCGAGCUGUACUUCAACGCUUGCCGCAAGCGACGUGGAAGAAUCAUGGAUACCCGAAUAAUUGAUUAUUCUGCCACCAUCACUACCCCUUCAGAAGAGAAGCCGGCAUUUACAUUCUGUGAUCUGGCCCAGAUCAACACGUCACUGAUCCGACGAUUAUCCGCUCGACCGCAGUUAGAGGCACCACAUCAGCCUGCCGUAAACGACGGCAACGGUAAAGAAAACGAAAAUGGAGAGGAAAAUGGGACCAAGGAACCAUCGGUGGAGCUAGAAGACGACCAGCAAGAUGAGUCUUCUGCCAGCGAAAAGCCUAUGUCAGAGAGCCGCGAGGAAGUCAAGGAAGAAGAGAAGAAAGAUAAUGAAAUGAAGAAAAAGAAAGGUCCCGAUAAUCAAACGUUAUUACGGUUGCUAGAACAAGGCGAGCAGUUGCAUAGCAUGUUCCGAUGUGCGCGGAUACAGGGGCUCGAGACUUCUGAAGGUCUGCUGUUGUUUGGACGAGAACAUUACUAUGUGGUUGAUGGCUUUACACUCUUGAAAACGAGGGAGAUUAGGGAUUUGGACUUUUUGAGUCAAGAACUCCAUGACCCCAUUGUACCAUACACUGCUACUGGAGCAACGCAUCCACCCAGAUCAUCAAGGCUGUGUAGCAAAUUCAGCUACGAAGAUAUCAGAGAGGUCCACAAAAGAAGGUAUCUCCUCCAACCAAUCGCCAUCGAAGUGUUCAGCGCUGAUGGAAGGAAUUACUUGCUUGCGUUUCCAAAGAAGAUGAGAGACCGUGUUUACGAAAAACUGCUUUCGAUGGCCAAAGGACUCACUUCUGGUGGUACUGAUUCUGUUGGAGGUCAGAAAGCAAACAUGGCUAUCGAGCAAAGUGGCAGAGCGUCGUUGAUAAAUUCCAUCAUUGGGCAACAAUCUGUAACACAACGUUGGUUGAAUGGACAAAUUACCAACUUUCAGUAUUUGAUGCAUUUGAACACGUUGGCUGGAAGAUCCUAUAACGAUCUGUCACAAUAUCCAGUCCUACCGUGGGUGCUUGCUGACUAUACCUCGUCCACACUGGACUUCACUAAUCCGAUGACUUUUCGGGAUUUAUCAAAGCCAAUGGGAGCGCAACAUCCACAGAGGCUAGAGCAGUUCCUGAAAAGAUAUCGUGAAUGGGAUGAUCCUACUGGUGAAACACCGCCUUACAUGUAUGGAACACAUUAUUCAUCAGCUAUGAUUGUUGUGUCAUAUUUGGUUCGAUUAGAACCAUUCACUCAACAGUUCCUUAGUCUUCAGGGUGGUCACUUCGACUUAGCAGACCGAAUGUUUCAUAGUAUAGGCGACGCAUGGACUAGUGCCAGCAGGAAUAAUAUGGCCGACGUGAAGGAGUUGAUCCCGGAAUUCUUCGUGCUUCCCGAGCUAUUGCUGAAUAGAAAUAGAUUCGACCUCGGUGUCAAGCAAAAUGGAGUCGCUUUAGAUGAUGUGGUCCUUCCUCCCUGGGCACGUGGGGACGCAAGAGAGUUUGUUAGAUUGCAUCGGCAAGCCCUUGAAUGUGAUUAUGUGUCAUCUCAUCUCCACGAAUGGAUCGAUCUUGUGUUUGGCUACAAACAAAAUGGAGAGGAAGCUGUUAAGGCUAAUAAUCUCUUCCAUCAUUUGUUCUACGAAGGUAGCGUGGAUUUCGAGUCGAUCGUCGAUCCACUUACCCGAAAUGCAACCAUUGGUUUUGUGAACAACUUCGGUCAAAUCCCAACCCAACUCUUCAAGAAGCCCCAUCCACAGAAGAAGGUAAGUCCAGUAGAUGGCUUCUCAAACACACCUGGUGUAACAACGCAGCGACUGUUCUACCACUGUCUUCACUCUUUGAAACCGCCUCAGAGCCCCAUAAAAGAAUUGCGUUCGGCUGUGGGUUCAAUAUACCAAAGCGAGCGAACUGGUCUAGUUGUGUUGGAGCAGAAUAAAGUUUUGAUAGGAACAAACAAAUACGUCGCUUGGGGCUUCCCGGAUCGAUCAUUACGUAUGGGACAGAUAGAUUCGGACAAGUCCAUAUGCAUUCAUGAAAUGUGUGAUGCGGAUGAACUGACAUGUGUAGCCAGCGGUGAUGAACGAACUCUUUUCUGUGGAAGCAGCACUGGUUGUGUGAGUGUAUGGACGCUAUGCCGGAAGCCAGUUUCUUUGAAGAGAAGAAAAUUAUUAGACGGACAUUCCGAUGCUGUGACUUGCCUUGUUGUCUGUUCUGCUCAUGCAUUCGUAGUAUCCGCGAGUAGAGAUUGUUCGGUCAUUUUAUGGCAUCAGUCUGAACUUUACCUAAUUCGGCAGCUCCCAUUACAUCCUAGUCCUGUUUCAGCUGUUGCAGUGAAUGAUACAACGGGUGACAUCGCAACGUCUUGCUCAACGUUGCUACAUCUGUGGUCGAUCAAUGGUGAUCUUUUGGCCGUGGUAAACACUUGCGACUCUAAUCUUGUUAUGGAUCCAUCGCAGAUGAUCCUUAGCUUGACGUUUAGUACGUUGAAUGAGUGGGAUACUGAUAAUGUGGUAGUGUGUGGAACCAGUGAUGGAGUAGUGAAGAUAUAUUCUUGUGUUAUGGUAGAGAACGAUGGUUCUGUCGAGGAGCCACAUAUGGAACCACAAGCCAAGCAAGGUGGUUCGUCAUCUGCAAGUGUUCAUGCGCGACUAGAUCGCGUUCGAAGACGGUUGAAAGUUAGUGGCAGCCAGGACACGAGCGAGGCGCACAGUCCAGAGGCUCCUGCGAGUCCAGUAGCCUCGAACACAGUUUCCAGAGCAACGGAUCAUGUGACUUGCCCAAAAUUUGUUCGAGUGCUCAUCCAGAGAGCUGCUCUCACGGUUCAUACGGCAUUCAACCGACCCGAUAACACCCAUCCCGCCCCAAUUACUUGUUUAGCUCCAAGCAGAGAUCAUAAAUCUUUCUUGGUUGGAGAUGGAAUAGGUCGAGUUUGGUGCUGGCAAGCGGGUGAGGAUGGCGGUAGAGCUGACCACUGGGUACAGGAUAUGUCUCGACAAAGAUGUACCCAGUGUGCUCACAAAUUCACUAUUGCCGAUAGAAAACAUCACUGCAGAAACUGCGGACAGAUAUUCUGCGCAAAAUGUAGCCGAUUCGAAUCGCAUAUUACGCAUAUGAAGAUUUCCCGUCCAGUGCGGGUGUGUCAAAAUUGUUUCCUUCGUUUGCGAGCGCAGACUUAGGUAAUAUAGCGUAUAUUAUUAGUGUGAAUCUUGCAAUAUCGGAGAGAAAAGAUUGUUUUAUAAUUCACAUAAUUUAUUGCGGUAGCUUGCAGUAUUUUCAGUAUAAUUUAUUGUAAGUAGUGGAGAUAUCCAUUAAGCAUAUUAUUGAAACGGUGCGCAUCAGAAUCCACUCUUCGCUUACGCUUUUCUAUGUUGUGAUCUUAUUGAUUGUGAUUUUCCCUAUCUUGUACUUUGGAAUAUGUAAUAUGGAUAUAAUAUAUGGAAAAAAAAUUCUCCACACAGGCGCCAGGGUGCGCAGCUUGCAGUAGCCCUUUUGACGCGUUUGACUUCGUGUGAUGAUUUGACGAGAUUACUAUUUUAUCAUGGGUUUCCAAUGUGCAUGCGAUGAUCUUUUCGCCGUUGUUUGAUGAAUCUCAAAAGUCUUGCUGAAAUCUUCUUUCUCUUUGUUAUCUCUCCAUAAGAAUGCCGACAGCUUGUUCUGUGGAGACACCAAAGCUUCUUUAUAGUUGAUCUAUUUAUAAAUUCAUGCUCUCCUCUCGAUCAAGCCGUCUGUUUUAUCGCUCUUUUCGGGUAACUAGCUUUCGAAUUACUUUAGAUUGUGUCGUGAAUUUUGAG